AUGACCUUGAGUUCUGACGAAUCUGCACACAUCUCGUCAAUUCCAUUUCCAACUGUUACAGUGUGUCCGCGAAUUAAAACAUUGAAAUCUACAUUGGACGUGUCAUCGAAAUUCAAUCAGAACACCCAGCAACUAACAUCAGAGUUAUCAGACACUGAGAUGGAACAAUUUUCUACAUUAGCUCACAUUUGUGAACAGAUGAAUAGAUAUAUUGAAUUGGAAAAUAGAUUCGAAGACGAGUCCAUUUAUAAUAGAAUUGAAGAAAUGGCACCCAAUCUCAAUUAUUCGUUGCAAGAAUGCAAAUGGCGGCAAAGGAAAGUAGCAUGCGCCGAUUAUAUUACGCCAAUGUUGACUGAAAGUGGUCUUUGCUUUACAUUCAACGCACUUAAUUCACGCGAUGUUUACACAGAUGAAAUGGCGCCGGGAAUGAUGCGCAUAAAAAAUAGGCCACUUUCAACAAACUGGAGUUUGGAAGCUGGAUAUAAAAAGGGAUUCAAUGGCACUGGUUAUCCAAUUCGUGUAUUUAAUUCGGGUCGCCAAAAUAGUCUUGAUUUAAUAUUCUCAAUGAAUAAACGCGACCAUGAGUUUAUGUGUGAGGCUUCUUUGGAAGGAUUCGACAUUUUUCUGAAUGCACCUGUUGAAAUACCAAACGAUCAAACAAUAAUUCAACAACCUCUCAUAUAUCUUCAAGAAGAUAAUAUAUUAACAGUUGAACCCCAAAUAAUCGAUAUUUCGGGAGGAUUUAGCAAUUACGAUCUGAGGCAACGUCAAUGCUAUUUUGAUUCUGAGCACCGAUUGCGCUUCUUCAGAACAUACACGACAGUUAACUGUCAGCAAGAGUGUUUAGCAAACUAUACUCUAAAAAUCUGCGGAUGCGUGAAAUUUUCGAUGCCCAGAGACAAGAAUACAAAAAUUUGCGGCGCAGCAAGUAUUGACUGCUAUUUAAAUGUUCAAUCGAGAUUAAACUUCUUCCAAGAUGAUGAUGAUGAUGCAAUAGCUAAUUGCAACUGCAAUCAACCUUGCAAAUUUUUAAAAUACCAAACAACAAUUGCAAAUUGGAAAAUGGCAACAAUCGGAUCUGAAAUGAAUGACACAGGUCAACAAUUGGCACGAGUCGUUAUCUAUUUUGAUGCAAAAAGAGUACAAAUAUUGAAACGAAGUGAAACCUAUACCUUAGUCGAUUUUUUGUCAAUUUGCGGUGGUUUACUUGGAUUAUAUUUGGGCAUUUCACUACUGAGCAUCAUUGAAAUUGUUUACUAUCCCACUCUUCGGCUGUUCUGGACCAUUUAUCGACCGAGACCACAAAUAGUUAAGAUAGAUGUGGAAGAAAUUGAAGAAAUUCAAAGUUCAAAAUAUUGGGGGAUAAACGUAUUGCGACGUUUUUUUCGAUCGUUUGGUAUAUUUUGCAUGGAAUACUGUGACUGCAGCAAUAUUCAUGGUUUUCGUUAUUUUACAUUGAAAAAAUUACAUUGGAGUGAAAGGAUGAUAUGGGUAAUUGCCGUUUGUGCUGCUUUUUAUUUAUGUGGAUCCAUGAUUCAAGGCACAUGGAUUAGAUGGCAGAAUAAUCCAGUAAAAAUUAAAGAAAAAGAUUCAGAUUUACGGACUAUUCCAUUUCCAACUGUUACAGUGUGUCCGCAAACUAAAGUUACAAAAUAUAAAUUGGUUGUGCCAUCGGAGUUCAGUUCGACAUCCAACAUGUCUUACAUUGAGUAA